GUUUAACAAUUCAUUAUUUACUGUUACAAUUAAUCCAGCGUUAUUUGUUCUGAUGUUUGGAAUCUAUUUUGUUUUUUGGUAUGGAUUUUAGACUAGGACUAUAUGUAAAAGUGUAAUAUUGCAAGGGGAUCUAAAUUUACUUUUAAUUAUUGAUAUAAAAGGAAAUCCUAAGAAAUGGCAUAUACUCCUAGAAAGACGACCACCCCAUACCCAGGUUACGAUGAAACUUGGACACAUGUAGAUCCCCAACCCGUAGCCAGAGUUAAACCCGAAGCUGAAGAAUUCGCCAGAAAACAUCAGGGGGCUAUCAACUUAUUUAAUCCUGCAAAAGAAAGAGUCGAACAAGCUCCCGUUCCAGAGCCACGAUGUCCAUCAGCGGCUGCCCGAUCAAAUCUUGAGCAACAUCGCAAAGGACACGUUGGUGACAUACUAACAGGAUCAGCUACCCCUCGGGUGGAUUAUGAAGUUGUCCCACGUGUAAAGCCAGAAGCAAUGUCUAAUGCUCAAGCACAUCGUGGUACAUCUACUGCUCACCUAUUUACUGAUUAUGGACGUUUGCCUGCCUCAGCUCGAAAGCAACCGAAGGUAAAACCUGAAGGUGAAGUAAACGCCUCUCUGGAUCUCGGUAGUAGAGCAAAGAGUAUCCUCCAUAAUCCGAAAGAAAUUCCACCAUCUCCUAAACCAGACCCACGAGUUAAACCAGAAGGCGAGGGAAACGCGCACUUAGAUCGUGGAAAGCGAAUGAUGAAAAUAGUAAAUAAAUAUGGAACGGGGAGUGGCACAGAUCGCGGUGUACCACGGGUUAAACCAGAGGGUACAGACAAUGCUAUUCUUGACACUGGUCACAGAGCGUCUAAUCUUUUGCGAAAGUAUGGUAACAUGCCACAGGAGUGUCAACCUGAACCCAAAGUUACGUCACAGGGUAUAGACAAUGCUAAUUUAGACAAGGGAGGACGAAUGAAUCGUCUAAUGCACGAAGGAAGUAAAGGAAGACGAUCACCUCGACCGCCACCAAGAGCAACCACUUCUUCAGCUAGAAGAAUCAUGCAUAAACAUCGAGGACAAAUGGGGAACCUCUUAACGUCGAGUACCAAUAAAAUGAUCACGCCACCAGUUGGAGUUAGAGGCUAAUUUAAACAUUUUGGCAAGAUAUUUUGUGGACAUACUUACAAGGUGUACGUUUGCGCAUUCUUGUUUUAAGUUUCGUAGCUCGAUCAGGUGUUCUACGAUAACUUUCAUUUUAUGUAUACCUCCUGAUAUAGGCUUACGGAUCUCGAUUGUGAUUUGGAUUGAUUUGCUCUUCCUCAAGUACAGCAAACUGUUACUCCGAGGUUGUGCCUUUUAUUUUAACUGUCUGUGGGACGCGUCGUAGCUCUCACAGUCAAUGUAGAUCGUGCUCUAAAUCCGCCGCAGAUAAUAUGAACAUAACUCUAGAGUAUUUUAUUCUGUUAUAUAGAAUCUUUUCCGAUCUCAUGUAAAAAUAUUUGUGUUUUAGAAUAGUGCCUUUAUUAUGUAUUUGAUAUACUGUUGUAUUUAGAAAUACCUUUUAUAAUUAUUUCUCGUAAAAUUAAAACGUUUUCAUUUU